AUGUCAUCACAACCAUUAGUGUAUGUUCACGAUAAAGAAAUUGUAUUUGUAGAACAAAACGAUUUGCAGCAAAAAAAGAAAGAAAGUUCAUUAUUUUCUUCCUUUAAAGUCUUUAAGUUAAAGGGAAUAUUAAAUGAAAAUGAUUUAUAUAAUGCAAUUUUUCCACGAGGCAAAAAAAAUUUUCGUAUCGAAACUUCUAAUUACACGGGAGAAUCAACAAAGAAUGCUACUUCAAAACUCCUUCACUUUUCAGAAAACGGUCUUUCAGACUGGUUUCCAACUGAUUCUAUGACAUUAAAAACGAUAUAUCCCUCCAUCAAUGACCAAAUCAUUUCAUCUUCUACUAAUCUACAAAAUGACGUCUCAAAUUAUCAAGUCAUUGAUGAAGAAAAAUUAAGAGCAGACAUAAAAUCUUUAUCGGAAGAACUUAAAUUAAAACGUCAAAAUUAUCCUGAUAAUAUUUUCGAUAAAUUGUUUUAUGAUACAUUCCGAAGACGUGACAUGAGCGUGAGCUUAAAUGAUUUAAAAUCCGAAUUUUUUAAUCAUUUGGAUUCGGUACAAUUGUUUCUAGGAGUAAAGAAAGAAAUUCAAGAUAAUGAUAUGUUGUGCCCUGAUAAAAUCCAAGAAACUAUUAUUCGCUAUAUGUUCAAAAGUUUGGAAUAUCAUCUUUUUGAUAUUACUCUCAACUCAAUUUUUGAAUCCUAUCAAGAGCUUCAAUCAGUAGAUCAAAGUAUUAAAAUUAUUUUUGAAGAAGAAAAACCAAAAAUUCGAAAUAUGACUUCAAAUAUGGAAAUUUGCCGUUUGUCAAUAUUUUGUGAAGCUACAAUAUGUUUAUUGGAACUUAUAAAACAUAUUUCAGUUAAAUGUGACGAACAAGUUAAACGAUUGGAAGGUCAAAGUAAAAGUUUGACUACCAAAUUACUUAUUGGUGCUGGUACACUUGCAUUAGCCGUUGGUAGUGGCAUAUUAUACGCCUCUUACAUAAAAGAUUCUAAAAAAGAUUCUAAAAAUAAUUCUAAAAACGAUUCCAAUAAUGAUAAUUCUUCGUUUGAGAAAUAUGCAAAAGGUGCAGCUAUAGCUGCCGUAGGUGGCCUAUCAGUAUUUGGUGGUGGCUUAUAUGUUCUCUCAGAUCUUCAAACAACCGUUUCCCGUAUAACUGACACUCUGAAACAACUAAGACAUCUUCAUGAUCAAUUAAAUGAUUGGUCUUUUCAUGGGAAAAGGUAUUUAGAUUGGGAUUAUGAAGAAAUGUGUGAAUAUAAGUCACAUUUAUUUUCUCAAUUUUCUGAUAUUAAAGAACAAUGUAAAAAGCUUGACUCUGUUUUAGAUUAUUAA